UUUUCACUGUCAAGCUACCUUUUAUAACACAUAACCGGUCCGCAAGUCUUCUCUUGCUCCGCCCGGACUGAACGUCGACGGAGCGCUCCGAGGCUAUUAAAAAUUAUAUCAUGCGACUUAGUGUCUUAUAAACACAUCAUCUUCCAAACAUUCUGCAAACCAGUUUUUUCUCUCGCAUUUAGUGCACUCGACUGCUCAUCAUUUCCCCCCCCUGCACGGUCUGAGACAGCAUCUUCCCGACGUGAUGCUGCAGAAGUGCGGAUAUAAAGGAGCAUUAAACACUGAGAGAAACAAUGAUCAGAAUUUUGGGUUCGCACAUUACGCAGACCUGCCGCGGCUUCGCUGAAUGGCACCACAGAGGCAACAUUCAGAGUGAAGGUGUAUUAGCAGGCCUGCAGAUCACUGUGCAGUCGGCAUCAAUAUUUGUAUUCAAGCUAAUUCCGUUUGCAGUCCAGUUGUGGUGGCUUCUUCUUUUUUUUUUUUUACAUCCAUGUUGAUCAAUUCAUCCCGGAAACUGCAAGAUCCAUUAACUUAAAGUCUCCACAUAAUGGAGCGAGAAUGAACAGAGAGCGGCUUAAAAAAAAGCAUGAACUGGAGGUUUAUUGAGGUCAUCUGCUUCCUGUUUAUAUGGGACCAUAUAACAGUUCAGUCUUCCCGCCAGGACCCAUUGGCCACUGAGCAACAUGUCACCAAGCAAUAUGACUGGCUCAUCUCUGACCGUGGACCUUUCCACCACUCACGGAGUUAUCUGUCCUUUGUGGAAAGAUUCCGCCAAGGAUUUACGACCAGAUAUAAAAUUUAUAGGGAAUUUGCACGUUGGAAGGUGAGGAACACAGCGAUCGAGAGAAGGGACCUAAUCCGGAACCCCGUGCCACUCAUGCCUGAGUUCCAGCGCAGCGUCCGCUUGCUGGGCCGCAGACCCACUACUCAGCAGUUCAUCGACACCAUCAUUAAGAAAUAUGGAACCCACAUUCUCAUCUCAGCCACCCUGGGAGGAGAGGAGGCACUGACUAUGUACCUGGCCAAAAACAAGCUGGACAGGAAGCUUGCCAACGCUACUCAGAACGUGGAAGCCCUCCAUCAGCUGGCCUCGUCAUACUUCAUUGACCGCGACGGCACAAUGAGGAAGCUGCAUGAGAUCCAGAUUUCCACCAAUGCCAUCAAGGUGACUGAGACACGGACGGGGCCACUGGGAUGCAGCAGCUAUGACAAUCUGGACUCAGUUAGCUCAAUCCUUCUGCAGAGCCCUGAGAGCAAGCUUCAUCUGCAAGGUCUUCAGGUCAUUUUCCCAGAAUACCUGCAGGAAAAAUUUGUCCAGUCAGCUCUUAGCUACAUUAUGUGCAACGGAGAGGGAGAGUACGUGUGCCGUAACAACCAGUGCAUCUGUCAGUGCGCCGAGGAGUAUCCCCAGUGCAACUGUCCCAUCACCGACAUCCAGAUCAUGGAGAACACCCUGCUGGGGAUGUCUGAGUCAUGGGCUGCCUCUUAUAAAGACUUUGAGAACUCUGACGAGUUCAAGUCCUUCCUGAAGAGGCUGCCCUCCACUCACUUCCUGCCCAUCGGCAGUGUGCAUCUCCUGUGGGGCAGCGACUGGGACCUGCAAGCUCGCUACAGGCUCCUCCAGAGUUCCCUGGAGAUACAGCGGCUCAAGAUCCAGCGCACCGCCCGCAAGCUCUUUGGCCUCAGCAUCCGUUGUCACCACAACCCCAACCACCAGAUGCCUAGGGAGAGGUCUGUGAUGCAGUGGCUCAACAGGGUUCAGUCCUUCCUCUACUGCAAUGAGAAUGGGUUCUGGGGAACCUUCCUGGAGAGCCAAAGGACAUGCGUGUGCCACACAGGUGUCACCCUGUGCCAACGACCCAUCCCUUGUGUCAUAGGUGGCAACAACAGCUGUGCCAUGUGCAGCCUCGCCAACAUCUCACAAUGCGGCUCCUGCAACAAGGGCUACAAGUUGUACCGUGGUCGCUGUGAGCCCCAGAAUGUGGACUCAGAACGUAGUGAGCAGUUCAUCAGCUUUGAAACUGAUCUGGACUUUCAGGACCUGGAACUCAAAUACCUGUUACAGAAAAUGGAUUCCCGACUGUACAUUCAUACUACUUUCAUCAGUAAUGAGAUCCGCCUAGAGACAUUCUUUGACCCUCGAUGGCGUAAGCGCAUGUCCCUGACUCUCAAAAGUAACAAAAACCGGAUGGACUACCUUCACAUGAUUAUCGGUCUAUCAAUGAAGAUCUGCCAGAUGCGAAACAGCAGUAUCGACCCCAUGUUUUUUGUUUACGUCAACCCAUUCAGUGGUAGUCACUCAGAAGGUUGGAGCAUGCCCUUUGGUGAACAUGGUUACCCACGCUGGGAAAAAGUACGACUGCAGAACUCCCAGUGCUUCAACUGGACUCUCCUGCUUGGCAACCGGUGGAAGACCUUCUUCGAGACCGUGCACAUCUACCUGCGUAGCCGUGCUAAGAUCCCGACCGGCCUACGCAAUGACACAGGACAGGGCCCAGUGGACCUUGCAGACCCUAACAAGCGCCAGAUCUAUAUAAAAAUAUCUGAUAUCCAAGUGUUCGGCUACAGCCUGCGCUUUAAUGCCGACCUGCUCCGUAGUGCUGUGCAGCAGGUUAACCAGUCGUACACUCAAGGAACUCAGUUCUACUCAUCCUCAUCUGUUAUGCUCCUGCUACUGGACAUUAGGGAUCGGAUUAACCGCCUAGCCCCUCCAUCUGCACCUGGCAAACCCCAGCUGGACCUCUUCUCUUGUAUGCUAAAGCAUAGGCUCAAGCUCAACAACAGCGAAAUGAUUCGAGUUAAUCAUGCCUUGGACAUGUACAGCACAGAGAUACUAAAACAAUCAGAUCACCUGACUGCUAAACUCUGCUGAACAUAAUAACAUUAAAACAAGAGAGCAAACUAAACACAAACAACCCAACAAAUGAACUAUAAGGGGAUAUUAAUCUUAAUUUUGUUUUCUCUUUUUCAUUUUUGGACCUUUUCUGCCUUUUGAUGUAAUAUUAACUUUGUAAGCAGAAUUCUUAAAGAGAAAAAGGAAAAAGGCAGUGAUGAAAAGCAUUUCAGGCGGAUAACGAAGAUUAAUGGAACCACUAUAAGGACUGUAUCAUAUUUGUCCCAGCAUGUCUGUCAUUCCCUUAAAGAACUUAAAAGAGAGAGAAAGAAAAAAAAAAGAAAUAUUAAAUCUAUGUACUGGUGAAAAAGAGGCCUUGAUUUUACUCUGAGGGAUCAAAGGUUAUAUCUGAAACUGCCAUUCUUUACUGAGAAAAAAACAUUUUUAAAGGAAUAAUGACAUAACACAAGGGCAGACCAGAUAUCCUUUUAUUUCAGCUAAUGUGCAAAAUAUUUCAGACAUAAUGGACAGUUUAAUAUUAAAGAUGUUUAUACAUUGUAAGGAUUAAAUAGCCCUAGAGAAUAAGUAGUCAACACAUUACUUAUAGACUCUUUAUUACAUUUCAAACCCACAGUGAAUCUGCAUUGCUCUUUGUGAGUUAUGAGGCACUCUGUCAUUGUUCUGACACAUAAGGCACACAGCAGGGCAGUAAUGGAUAGUCAUGUCAAAUAACAAAAGCCAGCUGUUUAUAUAUACAUAUAUAUGUGAGUGAAUGUGUGUGUAUGUGAGUGUGCAAGUGUGCACAUACCUUUUUUUGGCUUGAUGCUUAUUGCUGUUCGUUAAUUGAAUGUGUCAUUUGAGAUUGACUCCAGUCUAAGCUGAAUCUUGCAUUUGGAGCGCUUCUUCCCGUGUUUGAAAUUCAAGCUGUGUUUUUCACAAGGCAGUACCUCCUGGUGCGUGAGUGCAAUAUUGUGGUCUGAAGAUUUAACAAUCAAUGCUAUUUUGUACAGCUUUGCAAAAUGUACAUGUUGUGACUGCUGAUUUGUGGAGCUUUUCAGCACCAAGAGCAAAAUGUAAACAUUCAUCGUUCGGGCACAUUUGCAAGACAACUUAAAGCCAUACACUUCCCUGAGGUAGACAUAAGUAAGACAUAAAGUUCAUCCCUGUUUCACUUAGAACUUACUUCAUAACAUGGAAAAGAAUUGUCCCAUUUGUGUGUUUUUUUGUUUUAUUCUCUCAGUUGAUUUCAGAUAAGAACACAGCAAAAAGGCAGAUGACAAGAGAGGGCAUAUUUAUGUUGGAUACGAAUUGUGUUGAAAGCCAUUGAAUUUCGAUGUUGUGUCACAGGAAAAAAAAAAAAAAAAGAAGAAGAAGAAAUGGUUAUAUUAAAGCUUAAAAUACCUUUUUGGCAGUGAGUAAUCUGUAAGCUUUUAUGCCCACAUGUAAAAAUGUCUGUUUUUCUUUCCAGAUAUGAAAUUUUAACUUUUUGUUUGCAUGUUGCUGGAAACACCAACAGAGCUGCAACUUGUUUAAGACCCUCAAUCAUCAAAGUUAAAUAUGAAACACUACCUACAGUGUCUAUUUUUGGUCACUCUUUAUUUGGGUAAUCCGAUGCUGAAACAUUGAUAUUACCGAUGACUUUUUGUAGGUCCAGUCCAUUACUUGCAUGUUCAUUAACAAGAAAGGCAAGGUCCCCCAUGUUGUACAACUUAACUGUCUCAGCCAUACAUGGGUUUAAAAAAGAAAAAAAAAGAAGAAAAAAAGAGGCGACUUAAUAUUUUCCGCCAUGUCACUCAAACACCAUCCCAGUGUAAAAGCUGCCAGCCCGGUUGCAAGCUUUUAGAAUGACAUCUAAAAACUCAUACUUUUCCAGUUUUUCUUCUUGUUUUCUUUGUGUCUGUUGGUCUCUCGAUGUUGCUAUAGUUCGGUUGCUUUGGUAUUGUUUGUUUAAUUUUUGUGUACUUUUAAGUAAUUGCUGUCUUACAUUGUGAUAAGAUUACUUGCAGGGUUAGCUGUAAACAGAGAUAUGUAAUAUAUCUCAGGAUAACAAUUGUGGGCUGUGACAUAAAUGUGUGUGUUUGUGGGAGGGGGGGCAACAACGAAACUGGAAACCAGCUUUGGAAUUCCUCAAAGGAUUCAACACCUCUUGAAUACAGUGGCCAAAGUUGGGGCAACAAUUGAAACAACAAAUUGCAGCAGCUCUGGAACAAAACUUUAGGGACAUACAGUGGCUUAGUUAAGUAUUCAGACCCCUUCACUUUUUGCACACUUUAUUGUGUCAUAGAUUUAAUUUUAAAUGGAUAAAAUUGCCAUUUCUGCUGAUCAGUCUACACUCAAUAACCCAAAGUCAAAAUAUGCUUUUACACAUUUUUGUGAAUCGAUUUAAAGCUAAAAACAGAAAUCUCUCACUUAUAAAGUAUUGAGACUUUUUGCUGUGGAACAGCAAAUCAUCAGGUGCAUCUUGUUCACUAUGCUUGAGAUGUGUUUAGGACUUGAUUGGAGUCCACCUGUGGCAAAUUGAGUUGGAAAUAGUUAAGAAAGCCACACACAGGGUCCCACAAUUCGCACUGCGUGUCAGGACACAAACCAUGAACUCCAAGGAAUUCUCAGUAGAUCUUCUUGAUAAAACAGUGGUGAGGCAAGUUCUGAGCGUUCCCAGGAGCACAGUGGCCUCAGUAAUUGUGAAAUGGAAGAGGAUUGGAACCACCAGGACUCUUCCUAGAGUUGCUCCCCCAGCUAAACUGAAUAACAGGGCAAGAAGGACCUUGGUCAAGGGAGGUGACCAAGAACCCAAAGGUCACUCUAACAGAGCAUCUCCUCUGUAGAACCUGCCUGAAGGAUGUCCAACUCACAAUCAGGCCUUUAUUGUAGAGUUGCUACAUGGAAGCUUCUUUGAGUAAAAGGCAUAUGACACCCUAUGUGAUGAAACAAAAGUUUUUGGUCUGAAAUCCAAGCACCAUGUCUGGUGAAGACCAGGCACUGCUCAUCAUCUGGCUCAUACCAUCCUCCAGACAGUGGCAGGGACAGGGAAGCCAGGUCAGAAGGAUGAAUACAGCCAAAUACAGUGAGGUCCUUGAAGAAAAUGUGGUGUAGUGUACAGGUGAGGUGACAGUUCAGCUGUCAGCACAACUAAGCAUACAGCCAAGACAACACUGGAGUGGCUUCAGGACAAUUCUCUGACUGUCAGUGAGAGGCCAAACCAAAGCCCCAGACUUAAGCUUCAUAGAAAAUCUGUUUGGAGACCUGAAGAUGGCAGUUCAGACGCGUCCCAUCCAGUCUGAUGGCACUUAAGAGGAUCUGCCGGGAAGAAUGGGAUAAACUGCUCAAAUCUAGGUGUGCAAAGCUUGUAGAGACUGGAAGCUGUUAAUUGCUACCACAGGGGCUUCCACAAAGUACAGAAUCAUGGGUCUGAAUACUUUUGUAAAGAACCGACUUACAAACAGACAGAUUUUUGUGAUUAUGGGUUAUUGAGUGUAGAUCGAUGAGUGAAAUUGCAAUUUUAUCCAUUUAGCGUUAAAUCUGCAGUAUAAUAAAGAGUAGAAAAAAUUCACUACAUCCGCAAUCACAACUUUAAUAGUUGUCUCUCGAUGUGCAUUCUGGACAUGGUGUAGGCAAACGGAAUCAUGUCUGGCUUUGUGUGACAAUGAUUGUCCUUAUAGUUUAUUUUACUGUUGUCAGUCUUUUAACACUUGAGAGGUGCUUUAUAAAUAACAACUUAGUCACUUAUUUAUUAUGUAACAAUAAUGUAUCACUCCAAAAUCUAAUGGAUUUCAGGUGAUUCAAUUGUCUUGAUUUCCAUUGUAUGUUAGUGCAUAUGUGGUGGCCAGUUUAGGAUGACUAAGGCUCAGCUUGUCAGGCUCAGCUCUAUGUUAUUAAAUUGAUCUCACCGUACACAGUUUUCAUCAGUCUUUAUCUUUGUCAGAUUAAUAGCUCAAUACCUCUGAAGCUGCUUUUCAAAGAGUGAGCAGUCAUCACUGGUAUGAUAUUGUGUGCGAAAGGAUGACAGCGCUGGCCUGAAGUAAACAGCAGCAGCGAGGAAAGAGGGGCGCCCGGACGGGUGGAUUGAAUUUGAAUGUACUGUAUCGUGACUAGUGCAUCUGUUGGGGUGUAGAAGGCAGCUGUGGCCGCAGAGUCGCAUCCUGCUGCUGCCGAGGCAAACGCCAACUUCUCUAGAGGGCAGCCGUUUCAAAGAUCUGUGGUAUUGAUGAAGUUUGUCAGGCUCAGUUUUGAGCUUAUUUGCUUGCUCAUGCUAAUAUUGUAGUGCUUUUACAGUUUUGCAGAUAUGUUAGCAUCCAUUGCUAACAUUUGCAUGCCAUGACAGUAUCUCAUAAUGGAUUUGCUUAAGCUGAUGUAGAGCUAAUUCUGACAUACUGGUGCUAAACCUAGAUGGCCACAAUCCUGUAAUCAAUAGAGAUGCAGUAAAUACGAGAAUUGAUUGUUCAGCAUCAACAUUGGAGUAUCCAAAUGAAUUGUUACCUUAUUAGUAUUAUUAGUAUUAUUAGUAUUAUUAUUUUCAUUAUUAAUAUUAUUAUUAUUAAGUGCCUGUUAUCUAUCCCUUUAACAUGUUUAGAGCUGGAGAAAACAUUUAGAUGUUACACAGAAGAGUGACACUGAAUUCGCUUCAGAAUUGAAGACCAUACAUGAUCAAAAACACACUUUUCAUCUCCUCCUGAGGACUAAGCUUCAAGGAGGUUUGUGCAUGUGGGGAAUGCAACCACCAGACAGAGACAAAGGAUGACUUGAAGUUAUGGUGGCUAUUUUUUUGUCCCCUGUUGUACAAUAUAUCUGUAAAUAUUAACUCUGUUACAGUAACAAUGCUCUGCUACAGUAACGAUAUUAUAAAAAUAUAACAGUAUUGAAAGGGAAUACAAAGACUACUUCAAAAAAAAGCCCUCUAUUUGAGUACACUAGCACAAAGUACAGGGCACCCAUGUCUUAUGUAUCUAAUUAGAUUCAUGACAAUUUAUGACUGUUUUUAUAUUGUCAAAACAUACUGUACAUUACAAUUUAGUUUUGAGCCACUUGCAAGGUCCAUAAAACAAGCACAUUUACUCGUAUGGCAUUAUGCUACCACAGUGUUGCUUACAUGUAUCCAUUACUAUGUCUGAAGAUUUUUACACCUAAUACCUUGCCUAUGUACUUUUUUGCUGUUCUGUUGGGAUCAUUAUAUCAGCUUAUUUCAAAUGAAUGUUUCAUAUUAUAAUCUAUUUCUCAUUAAAAGGCUAUAUUUAAUAAGAAGA